AUGUCUCCGUUUUCCAUCAACAACAACAACACCGGCACCAACAAGCGUAAGCGUGAUGUUGUCAUCGCGAUGGAUCAAUUGAACGACUUAUCUUCAAAAAUUUUAGAGUUGUGCAAAAACAAAGAUAACUCUAUUGAGCCCUGCUCAGUCUCAGAUCAGAUACAAAGCGGGGUUAUGAAUUUUUUGAGUGCGACUCCAAAUGAUUUUGAUCAAGCCACAGAACAUCUUGAGUUAUUUAUUUCCUCCUCUGUUCCAAAAGCUUUGUGGUCUCUAUAUCUUGAUAUCUUGAAAAACUUACAGAGUAUAUCUAAACUGUAUAUCAAUAUGGAGAAUAAUUUUUGGCGGAUAAUGAAGCAAGUAAAGGGUUCAUUGUGCUAUUUGAUAGCUAAGUUUGCAGAGGAAUCAGAACAUUAUGAGUGGCUUUUUGAACACAAAGAGGUAACAAACUUUUAUAUACGGAGGCAAUUGGCAAUGAUGAUGCUUCCAGAAGUUGAAGAUGCCGUAGAAGAUCCGUACAACAUGCUCAUUGACAGGUCUAAAUUGCUAGUAGACUCGUUCGAGUAUAUUGCCAAACUCGAUUAUCUGCCAGGAAGUUUCUUUGUGAAAUUCGAAGAUGAACAAGCUACUGGGCCUGGUGUGUUGAGAGAAUGGUUCUUACUAGCAUGCCAGGAGAUUUUCAACCCAAACAACGAGCUUUUUAUUGCUUGCCCAGACGAUAAUAGAAGCUUUUUCCCAAAUCAAGCAUCUGAAGUGAAUCCAUUACACCUUGAGUAUUUUCGAUUCUCUGGAAGGAUGAUUGCAUUGGCCUUAGCAUAUGAUGUACAAAUCGGAGUUGUUUUUUAUUGUGUAUUUUUCUUACAAUUGGCUGGAAAUGGUGUAUUAUUAGAAGACAUUAGGGACACAGAUCCGUUCUUGUACCGUAGCUGCAAGGAGAUAUUGCAGAUGGAUGCAAAGAUAGUGGAUCAAGACGUGUUAGCAUUAACAUUUGUUUGUGAAGUUGAGUCAUUGGGUGUGAGGAGAGAAAUAGAGCUUUGUCCCAACGGGAAAAAUAUCGUUGUGGACAGCAAGAAUAGGGAGACCUAUGUGCAUCUUCUUAUCCAAUAUCACUAUGUAACAUCAAUAGCAGAGCAGGUCGCGUAUUUCUCAAAAGGAUUUUCAGAUGUAAUAACUAGGUCAAGGCUCUGGUCCUUUUUCCGGUGUCUUAGUCUUGAAGAUUUCAACUUAAUGCUUGGUGGUAGAAGUGAUAUUUCUGUCGAAGAUUGGAAAGAACAUACUGAUUACAAUGUCUAUGAAGAAAGUGAUCUUCAAAUAUCCUGGUUUUGGAAGAUAGUAGAGACUAUGUCUGUUGAGCAGAGAAAAAUGCUCCUUUUCUUCUGGACUUCAAUUAAGUCUCUGCCUUUUGAGGGCUUUGGUAGUCUUGAUUCAAGAUUGUCCAUCCACAAAACCCUAAAGCCUGAUGAUUACUUGCCAUCUUCACAUACUUGCUUCUACCAACUAUGCUUUCCAAUUUAUCAAUCCAUGACAGAGAUGGAAGAUCGACUCAGGAUAAUCACCCAAGGAGACAUUGGAUCCAGCUUUGGUACCGUGUGA